UAAAAGUGAUCGAUACUCCUUAUGGGUAAUCAAUGGUUUCUCUACUUUCUUUUGUUCACUUUAGAAAACAAUGGAGCUGAAAUUGAAUAUAUCUUUUAUUCAAACGCCACUCACAUUUCCUAUGUUUCUAUUGAUGGCGGAGAAUCUAAAGCCUUGGUGAAGACACCAAGCGCGACCCUUGGUUACGACGAACUGAACUACCGCCUUUGGUAUUAUAAGGACGGUGAGAAACUUUACAACUCAAAUUUGGAUGGGAGUGAUUUGAAAAAUGUUUCGGUUCCAUCAAAUUUCGGUCCUUUUGCUGUUGAUGCAGCGAAUCAAAGUGUCUAUUAUCUCACGAAGACUGAUUUUAACCUUAAAUUGAUUGACUACGAUGGGAACGACUUACCAGAUAUUGGUGUAUCACCAGACAAUGAUUUCAGGGAUUUGCAAAUCGACACCCAUAACAGAACAAUAUUUUUCACCACUGAUCUUACAAACAAUCGAAAUCUCAUCCGGUACAGUCUUGCUGAUGGAACUGUUCAAACUCUUCACUCUGGUGUUCCUGGAAUAGGCACUAAUCUUGCGCUUGAUAUCGUGAAUAAAACCGUAUACUGGAUUCUAUUUACUUCUGAGACAAAUUACAAGAUAUUAAAAACAACGUACGAUGGUCAGACUACACAGAUAGGAACAGAUCAAUCAGGAAAUAUUUCAACCGUGGACAUUGCAGAUCGAAAUGGAUAUUAUUAUUUCCUCGAUACAACAACAUCGAAAAUUGAUAAAUAUAAUAAAUCGUCAGAUGAAGUGGCUACUACGAUUUCACUUUCAACUGAAGCCACAAGAAUUAUUGUUGUAUCUGAUAAAGACCAUUGUGCUUUGAAUAAUAUGUGUCCUGCAAACUCGACAUGUACGAACUCCCCUGGCACUAUUGUAUGUUCAUGUGACACUGGUUUCACUGGAAAUCAAACAUAUUGCAAAGAUAUCGAUGAGUGUUUAAAUAGUCCAUGUGGAUACAAUACAAACUGCACAAACACCUUUGGUUCUUACAUUUGUAAAUGUCAAACAGGAUAUGAGGGAAAUGGAACAAAUUGUACAGAUAUUGAUGAAUGUUUGGCUAACCCAUGUGGUUUCAACGCAAACUGUACAAACACUGGUGGUUCAUACCUUUGUGAAUGUAAAACCGGGUAUGAAGGAAAUGGAACAAAUUGUACAGAUAUCAAUGAAUGUGAAAUGGAUCCAUGUGGUUUUAAUUCCAAGUGCACAAACACCAAUGGCUCGUUUAUUUGUGAAUGCCAAACUGGAUUUGAAGGAAGUGGAAUAAAUUGUAUCGACAUAGAUGAAUGUCAGUCAUCUUCUUGUGGUUACAAUGCAAAUUGCACCAACAAUGUUGGUUCUUAUGACUGUGAGUGCAAGACUGGAUAUACAGGAAAUGGAACAAACUGUACAGAUAUCAAUGAAUGUCAAACAAAUCCUUGUGAUGGAAAUGCAAAUUGUACUAAUAACGAUGGCUCAUAUGUGUGUACCUGCCAUGAAGGCUAUUCUGGAAACGGCGCUAGCUGUACAGACAUCGAUGAAUGUGCGGAGGGUGAUCCAUGUGGUUUCAAUACGAAUUGUAUGAACACUAAUGGUUCUUACACGUGCGAGUGCUUAUCUGGGUUUGAAGGGAAUGGAACAAAUUGCACAGAUAUCAACGAAUGUGAACGAAAUGCUUCCUGUCAUACAAAUGCAACUUGCACAAACGUGGAUGGAUCAUACUAUUGCGCUUGCAAAGCAAACUACAGUGGUGAUGGCUUCUUUUGUGAAGUGUUGACGUGCAAAGUGGAAGCCAUAUACUAUGCAACAACCGAUGAUAUCAAAGGCGUAUUUUCUGACGGUAACACGACUGUGACCAUAUUAUCCGCAACCAACGUGAAACUAAAUUAUGAUUCUGGGACUAAAAGACUCCUCUACUACGAUGGCACCAGUCUGAUCACAGUUAAACUGGACGGAAGUAAUGCAACCACGAUAGCAUCUCUCACGACCAUCUCUCGGUUUACAGUAGAUCAUAUAACAAGAAAGGUCUACUACGUUACUGGACUAUUCAAAUCACUAAAUGUUAUUGACUUGAAUACUGGAAAUAUAACGGAGCUUAAUCCAACCAAUAUUUCUAAUGUUGACGACUUGGAUAGUGAUCCAGAUAGCAGUUCCCUUGUAUUGGCUGACGCCACCAGAGGAGACAUUGUUCGCUAUUUUCUCGACAAAGACACAAAUGAAGUUGUUUACCAUAACGACACAUCACCAAAAUACCUGAUAGUUGAUCCUCAGUAUGAAGUUAUUUAUUGGAUUGAUUAUAUCGAUGCUAGUGAUAGGUAUUCUCUUAUGAAGACAUAUUUCAAUGGUUCAACGUCUGAAGUCAAGUUCUACCCUGGUACAACAAGUUCAGUGAACGUUGCAAAAGGGAAAGAUAAUUUAUAUGCAAUGGAUAGCACAAGGAAACGUAUAGAUGUGUUUGACAGACGCACUGCUACUUUCCAAGUUUCAUUUUUUCUUAGUGAUUCACCACAAGAAAUAACUGUUGUUGAAGAUUUGGAUGAAUGUUGUGUUGGUGGAUAUUGUCAUGAUAAUGCAACGUGUACAAACACACCAGGAAGUUAUUUUUGCACAUGCAAGGAAGGCUAUACUGGGAUAGGAACUAAUUGUGAAGACGUUGACGAAUGUGUAACAUCUCCCCCAUGUCAUUCCAAUGCUACGUGCAAUAACCCAGAUGGAUCUUAUAUUUGCACAUGUAAUUCUGGAUAUACUGGAGAUGGUUUCAACUGCUCGGGCAAUGGUUACAACUGUACAGUGUUGACGUGCAAAGUGGAAGCCAUAUACUAUGCAACAACCGAUGCUAUCAAAGGCGUAUUUUCUGACGGUAACACGACCGUGACCAUAUUAUCCGCAACCGACGUGAAACUAAAUUAUGAUUCUGGGACUAAAAGACUCCUCUACUACGAUGGCACCAGUCUUAUCACAGUUAAACUGGACGGAAGUAGUGCAACCACGAUAGCAUCUCUCACGACCAUCUCUCGAUUUACAGUAGAUCAUAUAACAAGAAAGGUCUACUACGUUACUGGACUAUUCAAAUCACUAAAUGUUAUUGACUUGAAUACUGGAAAUACAACGAAGCUUAAUCCAACCAAUAUUGCUAAUGUUGACGACUUGGAUUGUGAUCCAGAUAACAGUUCCCUUGUAUUGGCUGACGCCACCAGAGGAGACAUUGUUCGCUAUUUUCUCGACAAAGACACAAAUGAAGUUGUUUACCAUAACGACACAUCACCAAAAUACCUGAUAGUUGAUCCUCAGUAUGAAGUUAUUUAUUGGAUUGAUUAUAUCGAUGCUAGUGAUAGGUAUUCUCUUAUGAAGACAUAUUUCAAUGGUUCAACGUCUGAAGUCAAGUUCUACCCUGGUACAACAAGUUCAGUGAACGUUGCAAAAGGGAAAGAUAAUUUAUAUGCAAUGGAUAGCACAAGGAAACGUAUAGAUGUGUUUGACAGACGCACUGCUACUUUCCAAGUUUCAUUUUUUCUUAGUGAUUCACCACAAGAAAUAACUGUUGUUGAAGAUUUGGAUGAAUGUUGUGUUGGUGGAUAUUGUCAUGAUAAUGCAACGUGUACAAACACACCAGGAAGUUACUUCUGCUCAUGCAAGGAAGGCUAUACUGGGAUAGGAACUAAUUGUGAAGAUUUAAAUGAAUGCUUAACAUCUCCAUCAUGUCAUUCAAAUGCUACGUGCAAUAACACAGAUGGAUCAUAUAUUUGUACAUGUUAUUCUGGAUAUAAAGGAGACGGAUGUUGA